AUGCAACACGAGAUGGAAGUAACAGAUCUCGACACACUCCUCGCGCUGCUCCCCGCUUGUAGGAGAUGUCGCAAAGCCAAAAGACGAUGCGAUACGCAGCUCCCUGCCUGUGCGAACUGCAGCAGAGUUGGCGCAGAUUGUGUCUUCUUGGAUCAUGUCUCUAAGGAAUAUCUACCGCGCACGUACAUUGCCUCCUUGGUGGACCACUUGAAGUCAUUGGAAGCGAGAGGCCAUGCAACUGGCGCAGAAUCAUCAACAUCAUCAGCCGAGCCAGAAACAACGGCCUCAUCCCACCGGCCACGCUUUGUGCUCGUUCGAGAUGCGUUCAGGUACCUAGGUGAGAACGCGCCCUUGGGGGGUUCUGCAUCCAACCUGCUCGCGUGCCCAGGUCAGCUCCGAAGCAACCAGUCGAGCUCAAGACUGGCAAUCCCUCCGACAUGGUCCUGGGAUGCGGGUUUACACCAAUACCUCAUCGAUAUGUACUUCGCCACGAUACAUCAGGUCUACCCGAUCCUGGACCCUGAGUCGCAGCUCUUCACCGAUCCCCAGCUUGGUCGGGCAGAGGCGUCUCCUUUUGAGGCAUUUGUCCUGAAUGGUGUCUAUUCCAUUGCAUGCCACUGCCUACCUGGCAACAAUCCUCAACUGGUCCUGCUGUCCGACACUUACCACCGCGAAGCGCUGACUCAUGCCGACAGAGUGACUGCUGAACUGAACCUCGAAGCACUACAGGCCGUCAAUCUGCUCGCCAUGCGUAGCCUCUUUGACUCUCAGACCGGUAGCCUGGGGCAGCAGGUGGCGUUUGCUCAUCACCUGGAAAUGGAACUGAGUGCUAGAGAAGUCGAGGAGACUUCCCAUGCCUUGGCUACGCUGAGAGCGACAACAUACUGUGUUGGGAAUCAGAUGGCCACCGCACUGGAUCGGCCAUCCGGCCUUGUCGAGCCGGACGAUGCACAGACACUAGCCCUACCAAACAGUCUCAUGCAUCUUUGUAGCCUAUACAAAAUGCAGUCAAGAUUCCGAGACGGACUCUCAAUGGAAGAUAUGGAUGUAACGAAUGCUUAUGAGUCGGACGGAGCGGAAUUGAACCCAUUGGUCCAAGCCGCGAAAAGCGAAACAGCGUUCCUACUCAGACCAAGUUCGGAGACAGCCAUGCAACUUCUCAUUUCAUAUCACGACGAGCAUAUGAUUUUCAACAUCUUCACACCACAUUGGGCCUACAAAGCUGGGGCACUCUUACUUUCAGAUCCAUCGCAAGAUGCCUCUCAAGAAGGCUACGUGCUUGCCGUGACAGUCUUGGACCGAUGUGCUCUGAAAUGGCCUAACUCUCGAGCACUGCAAGACAUGUUGAAAGCCUCGGCCAAGGCGACGGUGAAAUCGACGUCGAACCAAGCACGAUAA